AUGACCAGAUCAAGAACCAAGGCCAAGCUCGCCGCUGCUGAUGAAAGGCGUGACUACAUAAGCCAGCUUCCAGAUGAAAUCUUGUGCCUUAUCAUUUCUCUUCUUUCAAUCGACGAAAUUGCAAGGACCAGUGUCCUUUCAAAGAGAUGGAGGGGACUUUGGCGAUUCAUCUCUACCCAUCUUGAGUUUGACGGAAGAUGUAUGAUUUUGCCCUUAGCUCAAAGACUGUACCCUGAAGAAGUUCUUAGGAAUGCCUUCUGCAGAAGAAUCGUGAGGUAUGGUCUGGCGAUCUCUACCGUUUUGCUUCGUCUCUCUACUGAUUUGCACAGCUGCCGAAUCUUCCAUUUCCCAUAUAGUAUUUACUGUGAGGAAGUUGUGACCUGGCUCAGACUUUUAAAGAGAAGGAAUGUGAAAUUUUUAAGCCUAGAGAGUGAUGUUUUUGACAUAGGAACAACCCGGCUUAUCCUUUUAAGCGAACAUGAGAGAUUGUUGAAACCUAAUUUUCCACCGGGGAUUUUCUCGGGAUUGUAUUCACUCCAGCUCGUUCACUACGAUCUGCGUACUUCAAAACCAUUCGAGGGAUGCGAGAAUCUGAAAACCUUGAUUAUGAGGGAAGUGAAUAUCGAUGAUACUACAUUGAAUGAAAUUUUGAAGAACUGUCAGCGUUUGGAGAAUCUUUGUCUGGAUCAGUGUACCGCUGGUGGGUAUUUAAAACUUGAAAUCCAUAAUCCCAAUUUGAGGGUUUUGCAGCUGUAUGCUACGAAAAUUGAGAAAUUAGUUCUUGUUGCUGAGAAGCUCGAAGUUUUGGUCUUUGAUACUUUGAUUGAUCCGAGGAUUAUGGAACUUUAUUCCCUAAACCUGAGGGCUAUCCAUUGUUACACCCACUCGAUGGUCGGAUCAGUGACGGCUUACAUUGAAGGGAGGUACCUUCUCAAGGCUUACGAUCUUCUUGGCUACUUCCGUUGGUAUUGGGGUUCUGAGAGCAAUAUUUUGCUGACUUUGUCAAAAAUUUCAAUUGAUAUAGACCUGAAUGAUGCAAUAGAGUGUCACUUAUUUGUAUGCUUCAUGAGAUUAUGCACUCGUCUGGAAACUCUUGAAAUAACUUUACCGGCCGUUCCCGAUGGAAAUAUGAUUGAUAGAUAUAGUUACUGGGAACGUCAACGUGCUUGUGAUCCUAUCAAAAACCAGUUGAAGUUUGUCUACUUGAGGGGAUUCAGAGGGAAUACCCAAGAGUAUGAAUUUUUGAAACUUAUCAUAACAAAAGGUCGGAAGUUGAAGAGAGUUACUGUUAUAUGUAGGCAAAAGAUCAAUGCAAAGAAGCUCAUGGCUCUGAAAAAGGCUUCCCCUAAUGUUGCCGUCAUCUUGGAGUUCAAAAUACAUAGAGAUCUAGAUGAGACCACUGAGCUUCAACGCAGGGAGAUCAUAAAAUACAAGUAA